AUGUUCGAAAUGCAGGAGGACCAAAGUGAUGUGAGUAUUGCACAGAUAAAAGAUUCGAAUCAUCUUAAGCUAUCAAAAAGGCAAUCAUUUAAUUCAGAUACAAUUCUUCAAUGGAAUUGCUUAUAGGAGAAUCUUUAAUUGCAAUAUAAUUUGCUUAAUAAGGAAAAUGAAACUAAGAAUGAGCGCAUUUAGAUUCUCUUGAAUACAGUGGAGAAGUAUUACAAGACGUAGCUUCGAUAUAAGGACUUGCGUAGAUUGUACAAUCAACAAUAAACAAAUAAUUAUAAUCAAAUACAAUGUUUAUUAGGGUACAAAUUUGAGAAUGUUCAUUUUGAGAUACAAAAGUUUUUAUUUCUGUUGAUGGAAAACCAAGAACUUUUUGCGUAAUUGAUUCACUCAUCUUUGGAUAUUGGUGCUCAUAAUUUGGAUGAGUUUAUAUUUGAUAUUCUAACAUUCCUUUAUGAUCCCAUUGUAGGGGCUGGCCUUUAAGAAGGAGUUUUUAAAUUAUUAAGCGAACUCUUAAAAUUAGAAUUAAUCAAUCUUAAAAAUCCAUUAGAGUUGUUUCAAGAUAAAACCAAUCUAGUUUGCAAAUUUCUUAUAGGAUUCAGCAAAGGACCAUUAUGUUAAUCAUAUAUACAGUAAAUAUGUGGAUAAGCAUUAAACUUACUAAUGAAUGUGAAAGAAGAGUUAGAAUUAAAUCCUAAGAUUAUUUAUGAAUAGUAGUUGAAAUUGAAAGAAAGCAAAGAGUCUGCAAAACUACUGAAAUUAAAACAGGAGAAUAAAGCAAGGAAAAUAAUGUUUAAUAUUCUUCCCAUUUUAAUGCAGGGAACACAAGAGAAUAAAGAUAUUAAUGUUUAUGAGAAUGUGAGAAGAACUAAAAUUCCUGACUCGUUACUUAAUGAAAUAAUUGAAUAAAUUAGUCCCUCAAUUUAAUCAUAUUGUCAAACACCAUUAUAGAGGUUAGUAGACCCAUAAUUAGUAGAGGAAACAGCUAAGAUAUUAUAUGAUAGACGCAAAGUGACUGAGAUGAUUGUUAACUCGAUUUGUGACAACAUCAUAAAUAGUUUACAUAAUCUACCCUUUAUAAUGAGAGCCUUAUUUAGACUGUAGUACCAAAUCUUUAAAGUCCUUUAUUAAUCUUAUAAAUAAGAGGAACUAUUUAGUUUGCUAAUUCAAUUCCUGAUCAAUAAAUGGGUUUUACCUGAAUUCACAGCGAUGUUUCUUAAUUAAUAAUAAUUAGAGUCAUCAUAAUACCAAACUAAUAAUAUUGCAGUAGUGAGUAAAAUCCUAUUGAAUGUCUGGAAGGGAGAAAUAAUUGAGGGUCUCAAAAUUACAUUAACAAGUGAAAAUGUUUUAAAUUAUUUCAAAGGAUUAAUUGAACUCCCUCAAACUCAAUUGAAUUUUUAUAUCAAAGAAAAAACUGACAAACCCUUCAUCUCCUAUUUACUCUCCAUUUCAGAUUUAUAAAUUUUAUUAAAUUCAAUAUCAAAAUCAAGGAUUGAUGGUUCAUUAGGAGGUAAACAACUAACCAGAUACACAGAUCUAAGGGAAUUGGCAGAGAAUAUAAUGCGAUAUAAUUUGAAAUUGGGAAGUGAUUAUAUGAAUAAUGUUGUUCAAUGGAAAGGUUAGAAAGUACCUGCAAAUAAUAUGCAUUUUGCAGUACAUAGACUAUCUGAUCUGUAUAAUGUCAAUUAUAUUGAUAUUGCUUUUAAAUUCACAGAGAAGUUCAGCGCUUAAGACAAAGAAGAACUGUUGUUUAUUUCAAAAGCCAAAUAAGUUGUUGCUUAAUUUUUAAUUUCCAUUGAAAGAAUAUCCCUUUUGGCUAAAUUAAGGAACAAUAUAAUUCUCAGCUUUGACAAUCUAAUAUAUAUGUAUAAAGAUUCUUAUGAAAAUAAGGGGUAAGUAAUUAAACAGUAUGAGAAUAUUUCGCCUUAAUUAUAUGCGAAUUAUUUGCUUUCUAUUUAUAAGAUGAUUCCAAAUCAAUACACUAGCAAUAAUCUAUCACUUUUAUGCCAAGAAAUGAUUUAAGAAUUUGAUUAGAAAGUUACUUAUGCUAAAAAUCAACAAAAGGCAAUGUUAGAAGCAUUCCUGAAAAUUAUAACUCAACUUAAAACUGAGAGAAAUGAAAUUAAAUCUUUGAACAAAAUGUUAAAAACAAUUGAGUUAAAAAAAAAAUUAACCCAUUUUUUAAAAAAUAUUAAGAUUCCAUGUUUGUUGAAUUUUAGGCAUGGAUAAAUGAAUUUGAUUCCAAUUUAAGACUCAUCUAAAACUAAAUCCUUAGAUCCAAAGGAUAACGAAAAGUAAUAAUUUUUAUAGAUUGUGAAUGGAGCAGAUCUGAAUUAAUUAUAGUUGGAAUUGCCAUUUUAGAGUAUAAGAGACUUUAUCGAUAUAUUAAGUGGAUUGAAGCAUUUGCAACUUGCCUUAGAAGGAGAUUAGGAUUACAUAGAGAAAGUCUCAAAACUGUUUUAGAACUAUAUGAAGUUAGUGGAGGAAAAGUUAUAAUAAUAAUCAUUUUUCCCAUAAAAUUAAAACCUAAAAAAAAAUAAUCAAUAUGUUGAUUUAUGUUUUGAAACAGUAGAAAAGUCAAUUGUACGCAGAAUUAUGAUGAAAUAUUGUACCAUUAACGAGAUUAAAGAAGAUUAGCAUUUUAUCGAGUAAUGUCAAUAGAAAUUGAAGCACCUAGAAGAAUAAUAAGAAGUUAAGAUUUGCUUAUCAGAAUUGCCUAUGUUAUAGAAAAUGAGUGAAUCUUUUAGAUAGAUUGAUUAAGUAAUGACUCCUAUUGAGAAAUUACAAAUGAUUUCGGAUUGUUUGAGUAACACAACUUAGUUAUUGAAGAUAUCUGGAAUCGAUGAUAAUCCUGGCUAAGAUGGAACACUGCCAGUUUUUAUUUAUUUAGUUGCUUAAGCAUGUCCUAAAUUUAUGAAAACAAAUUUGAAUAUAAUCUAAUCUUUAUUCAACUUUGAUCGUUGGAAGAAUUCCACCUACCCAUUUUCAUCGACUUAAUUAUAAGGAGCAUAUGAAAAUAUUAUAAAUUGA